AUGAGCAUCUCUCCGACCACGACGAUCUUAGCUGGGUCAAUUGCUCGUAUGAUGCCUGCGGAGACAGACUCAAUAGUAACUGGAUCACUGGCAGGUACCGCAUCAUCAACGACCAGUGAUGCGGCCGACACCAGUCCGUACAUUGCAAGUACGAUACUGAGCAGUACGGACGUCCGGUCAAGCACGACAGAAGCCGUUCUCAAGCCACCAACCAUCGAAACCACACUCCUGCCAAUCACAUUAUCUGCACCUACGCCCUCGUCUACAAUCUCUUGGUUGGAGAUGACUUCGAUUACUCCCAGCAGUGUCUUGGUCUUUACGCUGUCGUCUGCAACGAGUGGUAGCGACGACUCCGUCAGCACCGAUCUUGGGACAACGACAACCUCUUACCUGACGACCUCACCUACAAAUUCGGCCAUCAAUUUUUCCACAUCUUCCGACACAACGCAUGCAAUCAGCUUGACAAACGUCGUCCUCUCGAGUACGAUGACAAGUACCAAGACCACCAUGAGAAUCAGCAGUACUGGCACUCAAGCUCGUGCCACCAAGCCCAUCGGCUGGGUGGCUUCCACGACUAUGGUUGUCCCGAUGACCAGCCAGACGACGCUUAUCCAGAGCACUAUGGUGACGUCCGGACCUGUUAGCAGCCCAUCAAGCACAUCUUCAUAUACAGCAUCUGCCAAUGGCUCGACUCUUGCAAUUUAUGACGCUAGACACCACUUCACACGCCCCGAAAAGGUGGUGGCAGCUGUGGUACUGCCCAUCGCAUUAACAGUUGUUGCGGCUAUCCUCGCUCUUGUUGUCUGGCUUGAACACACGCGGAGACAGGAACGGCGAAAGAGCAUAAGACGACAUGAGAUCCUGUCGACUGGGACUACAAGAGCGUCACUGGCAUUACAACCAGAUAUUCUCCCUCCAGGAACUACGAGCCGCAAUUUCGCAUUCCCUACUGCUCCAGCCGGUCCGCCACGAUCAGUCAACACAGUCCAGUGCGAGGGCGGGUCAGCGACAGGGUCUGCUGUCCAUGAGCCGUCGCUGGCAGGAUCGAGCACACACAACCAGGCACUCGAUGAGGACUACCACUACAUCCUCAAGGACCUAUGA